AUGCGCGUCUGGUCCUUGCUCUGUUUUUCUGCUCUAUUAGUAACAUGCGUGUUUGCUGUUGAAGUUUCUCCGGUAGAGGAGGCUGCCGACUCUACAGAGCUGGAGCUCAUCAUUGCCACGUCAUUCCCCGAGAGUAACCCAUUCGGUCAUAUAGUCAAUGGCGAAACGAACCAGCUGUUCCUAGAGAUAGAGAACAAAUCUGGAAAGAAUAUCACGCUAUUGAACGUUGCCGGCGAGCUCCAUCACCCAGAAACCGACAAACUGAUCAAGGCGACGAACAACUUGACAUAUGGCAUCAACUUGAUCGAGGGAGCCAAAAUUCGUCUGCCGUAUUCAUUCUACAGCGAGUUCAAGACAGGCGACGUGAAACUCAACCUCUGGCUUGAGCACAUCACUGACGGCGCGAAAUAUCGUGUAUCCGCAUACGAUUCCGUUGUCACCAUUGUCGAGCCGGAACUCUCUAUUUUUGAUUUGAAGCUUCUGUCAACGUAUGCCAUGGUCAUCGGUGUUCUGUCUGGCCUCGGCUAUUUCGCAUACAUCACAUUCGUACCCCAGCAGGCCAAGAAAAUCCGCAAGCCGACGAUCUCCGCUCCCGUGAGCACCGUUAUCGCAACCGGAGCCGGCGGAUACGAGGAGGAGUGGAUCCCCCAACAUCACCUCAAAAAGGGCAAAGGAAAGAAGGCUGGGGCCGUGAGCAGUGGGGAUGAGCUCAGCGGUGCUGAGACGAGCGGAGCUGAGGGCAAGAGGAAGGCGAGGAAGUAA